GUGUUUGUUAUGGUUAUCUAUCAGUACCGGUUGCCGGCAUUUUGGUACUUAGCGUCAGUUGUUGGUGAUCUGUCCGCAAUAAUGUCGUGCUGCGAGGGCCCUGGUUACGCGUCGCCGCUGGACGCCUUCAAGAACGGGCCGAGGGAACAACUUCUGUACGUGAUCUGCGUGCAGCCAGACCAGAGCAAGCAAGACUAUCUGGCCACCGUCGACGUGGACCCUAAGUCGCCGACUUACAGCCAGGUCAUCCACCGCACCUACACUGGAAGAAGUGGAGACGAGCUCCACCACAGCGGGUGGAACGUCUGCUCCAGUUGCCAUGACAACAAGGACCUGAAGAGGAACCUCCUCAUCAUGCCAGGGCUGUCCUCUGGCAACGUGUACGCUGUUGAUGUCGGCACUGAGCCUAGGAAACCUAAGAUUUUUAAGGUUAUAGAUGGAGCGGAGAUGAGGUCAUUCAACUGUACCUUCCCCCAUACGACCCACUGCCUGGCUACAGGAGAGAUCAUGAUAUCAACGAUGGGAGAUAAGGAAGAAAACGGGCAGGGUGAUUUUGUGCUCAUCGACUCCAAGACAUUGGAAGUGACAGGGACGUGGACGAAGGGGCCGAAAAAAGCGAAGUUUGGUUACGAUUUUUGGUAUCAGCCGUAUCACGAUGUCAUGGUGUCGUCCGAGUGGGGCACUCCGAAAUAUUUUAAGUCUGGCUUCCACCCUGACGACGUAAGCAACUCCGACCGCUACGGAACAAGCCUCAACGUUUACAAAUGGUCAACGCGCGAGCUGCAACAAGUUAUAGAUUUGGGCAAAGAGGGAACAGCGCCCUUAGAGAUCAGAUUCCUGCACAACCCUAAAGCCGACGAAGGAUUUGUAGGGUGCGCGGUCGAAGCCAAUGUAUACAGGUUCUACAAAUCCGCAGACGGAAAAUGGAAAACAGAUAAGGUUAUCGAUGUGCCAGCAAAAAAAGUGGUUACUAAAGACGGCGUGGAAGACCUUAACGGUUUAAUGUCAGACAUAAUACUGUCUUUGGACGACAAGUAUUUGUACUCUUCGACCUGGCUGCAUGGAGAGGUGAGGCAAUAUGAUAUAUCGGAUACGAAAAACCCGAAGUUGACCGCACAGUUAACACUUGGUGGCCAAGUGGUGGAUGGGAACUGCACGCUGGUGGAUGGAGAGCCGCCAAAACCAGUGAUUGUAAAAGGCAAGCGACUGUACGGGAGCCCCCAAAUGCUGCAACUGUCGCUUGAUGGAAAACGACUCUACGUGUCAUCGUCUCUCUUCUCGCCGUGGGACAAGCAGUUCUACUCGAAGAUGGUGGAGGAUGGUGGCUGGAUAGUGAAGUUGGAUGUGGACACAGUGAACGGCGGUAUGAAGUUGGACCCUGACUUUUUGGUUCACUUCGGAGGCGAGCCGGAUGGUCCGGUGCUACCGCACGAAAUGAGAUACCCUGGAGGAGACUGCACGUCAGACAUAUGGCUAGCUAACUAAGUUCAAAAUCCGUGGGACUCCUCCAUGAGAUGAUAUCUGUAUUGUCAAUCUAUCCUUCUCUUUUAUUGAGAGGUGAAAAGAGUGAGAAAGAAAAAGUGAAAAUACAGAAUUCGCGCUCUGGAGUAGGCCCACUGAGACAAAUUCAAUGCGUGUGCCAAUAUUUUUUUACUUAUCAGCAGUCGUUUUAAAAUUUAUAACGUAUCCUCUAAAAUAAGCUAUAAUUAAACGUAAAAGUAAUUUCAUUUUUGUACAAGCUGUAUUUAGUAUACAAAAAUUAAAUAUCAAUUCAAUAAACGCCUAGUAAAUUAUCGAAAGAGCCGCAACUGUUCGCGUAUACAAAUAAAUUACAUUCGCAUUACCGUGUAAAUAAAUCAGCACAAUAAACUA